CAAUCAUAGGCAUUCUGUCCGACACCCCACCCCCCGGGUCCCGAGGCCACUUUGCCUAUAUUACUUAAUGCCCGGCUUGUUCUUCCCCCCCAUGUUCGUGUUUGAUCCCCACCUUUCCAUCUGGAACCCCCCACGGGUUUGGCAAAGUUCCUGUGGUUUAUCUAUUUGCAUUGCGUCGUUGCCAUUACCUUCAUCUCUCCUAUCCUUCUCGCCAUUUUUGCCUCCCAUAACACUAUAGAUGGAUAACAGCCCUGGCGCCACACGCCGGGAUUCCGAGGGCCAUGGCCUUCGCUUCCUCAACGAAGAGUGGAACGAGAGUAUCUCCAACGGCGAGCUCUUUACGCUUGUGUGGAAUGAAACGAUCGAGGGUUCAGAUGCCCAACUGGGUGUCUUCCGGAUUACAUACCCCCGAGAUGGAGUCAAAGAAUACGAGUUGGUGACGAAUCUGACAGAGUUCAUGGAGUCGACGACUUGCGAAUGGACGCCUGAUGAAUUAAACGAUGACCUCUAUGCCAUGUGGCUGACAACGGUCAGCAAUGGGAAUCAGAGCUGGACCAUUUCACCCCCCUGGAAGUUAAGAAACUAUAGAGGCCGAAGACUCCAUUGGGCUGCUCCCGUUGGCAUCCCUAUUGUAGUCAUCCUCGGCCUCUAUGCUCUCUGUUUGGUGGGCUGUCUCUGGUACAGGCGUCGGAAGCGCUUGAAGCGUGAACGGGAUGCCGCUGACGGCGACGACCACACCAACGAGGCCACCGAUACCGAGGACGCUGCAGGCCGGCACCCCUCUGUCAGUUCCGUCGAGACGGCUCAGACAUUUGAUGAGCCCGACUUCAAGAAACCUGACACCGUGGUGGUCGUCUCUCAUGAAUACCUCGAUUUGCCGACUCCAGAACGGGAGCAACUACGAGACUCCCAGCGAGGUACCUGGAUUGAGACUGUGCACUUUGAUGGCAUCAGAUUUGAUCGAGGUCGACGAAGAAGCAAUGACAGUGUGGACGAUGAGGAGCGUCAAGGUCCACCGCGAAGGCCCGGGGAGUUGUACGUGGCGCCUGGUACGGCAAUAUGAUGGAUAGUCUUUGAUCCAUUUCAACAUGAAUUCAAACACAUAGCGAAAGAACGAGACGCAUGAGAACGACGACAAUGAUUAAGAUGCUCACAUAGGAUCAACAGGGGCUGGGUUGGCGGAGUAAGAAUUGGGGCUUGAAAACGAAAUAUUGGAGCAUCGGAAGCUGUAAUCCGGUUCAUAAACAAUACCGUCUUUAGCUUGAGUAUGUUUUUGAAGUGGGAACUAUUAACCUCACCGACAGACUCCGUUACGGCAGUGAAUAUUAUAUUUUGAAAAUACUAAA